AUGCUGAACCAGCUACAAACAGAUAUCGAUGGUUUAAACAACGAGCUGCAAGAACGCUAUAAGUCACUUAAAAAAUUCCUCAACCCAGAUCCCUCUUGUGAUUCUCUUAGCGAUGCCGAGAAAAAUCAAUUCUUGAACUUAAAAGUCCGGCUUCAUGAAAGUGAAAUGGCGAACCGGAUGUUAGAGUCUGAAAUUACAACACUAAGACGCAGGGCGAAUGAAUUGUCAGCCGACUUGGAAAUCAUGCGAAAACGAUCCCUUGAACAGCAGUCCAAUAUGCAAUCCAAUAACGAAGUUUCUGUCCGUUCAGAUGGCCUGCACGAACGCGAAUCAUUAAUUAGUCAGUUGGAGGAAGCCUUGCUUGAAUGUUCGCGAGUGCGGAAGGAUUUACAACUUUGCCAAGACGAAAAAGCUGACAUCCUUAGUGAAUUGCAGUCGUACAAGGAUUCGACUUGUCCCGGUAAAAGUGAAAACAAUACCUCCCCUCCCGAGAUUUCCAAGAUCAUUCGUGAUAACGAGUGCGUCUUUGGGUUGCUUUUAAAUGUGCUAACUUCGAUUUACUAG